AUGCUUGUAAUUCUGGAAGGUAAUAUCUCUGCGGGCAAGUCGACGCUGGCCCAGGCACUCGGCCCGCUGCUCGGGUGCAAGGUGUUCAUGGAGCCGACGUUGACCAACCCGUACCUGGAGCACUUUUACAAGGAUCCGCUCAAGUGGGGCCUCAAGAUGCAGCUCUGGCUUGUUCGCCAGCGGUUCUACACCUACAUUGCGGCGCUCAAUCUGAUGGCUGCCUCGGGCCAGGGUGUCAUUCUCGAUCGGUCGGUGUUCUCGGACAAGGUCUUUGCCGACAAGUGCCGCGAGGAUGGCUUCAUCUCUGAAGAGGGCUACGCGUACUACAUGGCGCUGCGCGCCCGCAUGCUCGAGGCGCUCCCGGUCCCGCACGUCACCCUCUACCUUGACGUCGACCCCAAGGAGUGCCAUCGCCGCAUCCUGCACGAGCGCUGCCGCGAGUGCGAGUCGGGCAUUCCGCUCGACUACCUCGCCGGCCUGCACAAGUGGUACGGCCAGUUCCUCACGGACAUGGAAGCGGCUGGCUCGGUGGUGGUCACGCAGAACUGGAACACGUUUGGCGAUGCAAAGAGCAUUGCAUCGUCCAUCUCGGCCGCCGUCGCCGUCAACGCUGGUCUCGCGCCGGCCGUCCGCCCCACCCUCUCGGGUGCCGCCGUCGACCCGGCCUUUGUCGCCCGGUUCAUCGGCGAUACUGAGGCCAUCCGCGACGCCAUGGUCCUGCCGUACCUGGUCGACGGCGUCGAGGACUCGGACCCGCUGCCGGAGCCCAUCGACUUUGACCUCGAGGCCGAGCUCACUGUCGCCGCCGAGAAGGCCGCCGCGGCGUCAGCUGGCGACGCCGCCUCUACCGUCUUCGAGAUCGGUUUUGACGACGACUCGGAGGCCCGCGAGACCGCCUCUGGUGACUCAGGUGCCGCCACUCCGACCAUGGCCGACGAUGACGAUUCGGUCUCCACCUCGCACACUCCGUCGCCGCUCGGCCACUCCGACCCGGUUCUCCCGCAUCAGGUUAUCGACGAUGCCCGUGCCCGCAAACUGUUUGCGUAA